GUGGAAGACAGCAUGAUGGACGUCUAUGACUUUGUGUACGAGGAGGUGAGGAAGAAUGCUUCCAGCUUUAGGAGGCAGGAACUGACUGCCAUCCAUGAAACAUUCCUGUGCUGCGGGAAGCGCUCCCCCUUCGGAGAGACGGGAGAUGUCGAGCGCAGGACGUGCCCGCCAGGCCGCCCCAAGGCAGCGGAAGAGGAUUGCCUCCGAGAGAUCCAGGACUUCCUGAAGAAGCACAUGGGCUUUGUCUCAGCGCUGCUGGCCAUCUCCAUCUGUUUCGUGGUUUAUGGGAUGAUUCUAACUUCCUUCCUCUGCUUCUCCAUCCACUUCAGCAACAAUCUUGACCGGAAAGGCAAAUACACUCUGCAAGAAAGGUAG